UGAAACGCCUGCUUUGGCCGCGCUUGUUUUCGUCCCCCCGUCGAAGCGAGGGGCUGCGCUAGCCGAGUGUAGCCUGCCGUCUUUCGCUGCGAGCCCGGGGUUAGCCUGCUGCAGUCCCGCUCUACACCCGCCGCCGCGUGUGGGUGUCGCGUUUAUUCACCCGCACGACACCGGGCCGGUCAUUCUUCUGUCGAAACGAGAGUCCGGCGGGGAGGAACGGGCUUCUCCUCCGGUCUCCGCGGUCCUGCUGCAUCACUCCGGGGGAGCUAAGCUAACUAGUGCGGCGCUCUCGCCGCCUCUGUUUUAUGAGUAAUUCCUCCGUUUUACACCGCGUAUAUUUCGGUAUUCACUCACGGCGACCCGCGGUGUGGACGUGUGUCAACCCUGAGACGUUUCAAGCGCCGUGUCAGAGCAGCGGAGCGGCGGUUGUCACGCCGACUCUCCGCGGCUCGUCACCCCUCGUCUGGACUCACUGACUCCGGCGUGCGUGAGUCCCGCUCCUCGGCAGACUGGAGCGCAGACAGUGAAUGUCAUUAUCAGCGCUGUCUGCAUUCCAUUGCCGUCGUGGCCAAACAGCGGCAGAGAGGCGAGGUACAGUGAGCAGACACGGGGAGGAGGAGGGGGGGAUGGCCGGGGAUGGAGCCCUGAGAGACGCGGUGUCCUUGCAGCAGCCGCAGAGACGGGACACCCCCCGACCAGCCCUCGUCCUCCAUCGCUUUGUCUUCCGCAUAUAUAUACACACACGUGAACCGCACUAGUUCAGCCUGGUUUGUAUGCUGAAUCUGCAGAUUUCCCCUUCAUUCUUUUUUACCAUAGAUUUAAACGCUGCUGUGUCCAAGUCAUUCAUCAGUGAAGAGUUGUUGUGCUGACAGAUGAGCCAGGACGUUCCACCUUCCUCUACAGCCCACUAUCCCCCACAUUAAUAUGGAAGCGGAUCAAAGUACUGAGAGCUUCAGUCACCAUCAUGCGCGUGUCCAACGAGCCGAAGAUUUCCGUGGUUUAAUCGAAGCGUGAGGAGGAAGCGGAGACCGAGAGGGGCGCAGAUCCUUUCCCGGCAGACCCACACAGCCGUUACCAAGUUGCUCGACAUGGCCAGCACCCAGACCAGCCUGAAACCCCCUUUCAAAGACCUGACGUCCUUCAAGGGACACAUGAAGAGGCUGUACCGCGAGCGUCUGGAAGACGCUCCCAUCAAGAAGCGGGUGAUGGCUGAGAUCAAUCUGAAGCGCCGCACUUUGGAUUCCUUCUCCAAGAUGCCCAAAGUGAAGAGGGAGCAGACGGAGGAGCUGUGCCACGACUCCGACAUGGAUGUGGAGGGUCGUGCCGAACUCCAUAUUGCCAGCUCCGCCAAGGCCCUGGACCUGAGCCCGGGGCUGAAACACACUCUGGCCCAGUUCACGCUGAGCAGCCAGAGCUCUCUCGGUGGCCCUGCAGCGUUCUCCGCCCGCACUGGUCAUGAGCAUUCACAUGCGGGGCUGCCGCCGCUGCCCUCUCCUCCCGUGCUCGGUGGGGGGCCUCUGCUGGUGCCCUGCGACAGCUCCACCGAGCUCACCCACUCGCUGCUGGAAGGAGAGUCCAUCUCCUGCUUCGUGGUGGGAGGCGAGAAGCGACUCUGCCUCCCGCAAGUGCUCAACUCCGUCCUCCGCGACUUCUCGCUGCAGCAGAUCAACACGGUGUGCGACGAGCUCUACGUCUACUGCUCGCGCUGCGACGCAGAGCAGCUGCACAUCCUAAAGGUGCUGGGCAUUUUGCCAUUCAACGCACCUUCAUGUGGCCUCAUUACCUUGACUGAUGCGCAGCGGCUGUGCAACGCUCUGCUGCGCCCCGGAGCGGCUUUGCCCGCCGACCCCAGCGGUAAGCCCUCCGCGCAAGGUCUGCUGAAAGAGAACGAAGCCAGCUUCCAGGUGGAGCACCAGUGUCUGGGGAAGUGCCAGGGUCUCUUCGUGCUCCAGUUCUACACCCAGCCGGAGGCGCCUUGCAUCCAGUGCGUCGAGUGCCAUUUGCUAUUUUCGCCGCAGAAGUUUGUCAUGCACUCGCACAAGUCCCCCGAUAAGAGAACGUGCCAUUGGGGCUUUGACUCGGCCAAGUGGCCCUGCUACCUGCAGCUGGCCCGGAAGUACCAGGGCUCGUCCGACGAGCCCAAGAUGAAGCAGCUCCUGGAAGAAGUGAAGGAGAAGUUCCACUAUCAACUCAAGAGGUCGCUAGACAAGAAGGCGAUGGAGGAAGAUGAGGAGAACCAGGUGAAGAAGCCUUCCACAGACCUUCGCGUCUCCAAGUUGUCUGAGAUGGACCCCUCCAGGAAGGGUAAAUCCUCGCCUACGCUGGCCUUCAGCCGCCUUUUCUCUGACAUCAAGGAGGAGCCAGGACACCCCGCCAUGAUGCACCCCAGCUACUACCUGUACACCUACGACAAGAUGGUGGCUCCGAACGUGUCGCUGAGACGGGAGGCGGAGAUGAGCCCCGAGGUGCUGGGAGCCCUGCUCAAGCACCACUACAGCCGCAGGAUGCUGGGCCACGACGAGCCGCCCAUGGAUCUUCACGCGUCGCCUCCCAUCGCCGCUGCGGCAGAGGAGGCCAAAUCUCAACGUGCCACGGCCGCUGAGCGGGAAUGCCAAGCCCAAGCAGUUUCCAUGGAGACCAGCAGCCUGAGCAGCAAGAACACCGCCCACUCCCCGCCUCCCCCCCCUCAUGCUCAGCCUGUGCCGUCGGUAACGGAAGUCGCAGCUAAGGACGCUGCUGGGCUCGGAGGGGAGGAUGACAAGGACCGGAUCGUGGUGGAGAUCAUGCAGAUGUACAGCAGGCAGCAGGAGAAGCUCAACUCCACUCUGCACAAGCAGCUGCAGCUGGAAAUGGAGCUGGAGGCGUUGCGCGGGGGCGAGGCGGCGCGGCUACGGGAGCUGAGUGCCGAGCAGCGGGAGCUGCGCAACGAGCUGGAGGCGGUCCACAGCGAGCAGGCGCGGCAGCUCAGCCAGGCCCGCCAAGAACAGCUGGAGCUGGAGAGCCGUCUGGAGCAGCUCCGGCAGCAGGCCUGCGCAUGUGAGCCCGGGGCGCAGCGCACUCAGGAGGCGCACUACAACGCUCAGCUCACGGAGCUGCGUCAGCGGCUGGAGCGGGCCGAUUCGGACCGGCAGGAGCUGCAGGAGGAGCUGCGCGUGGAGCGGGAAGCGCGGGAAAAGCUGGAGCGCACAAUCAGCCACCUCAAGCAGCAGAUGGCCCAGUCUGGCGCCGUGGGAGGUAGCCCCUCUCCUCCACUCACCCCUUCCACCGGACCCCUGCACAACCAGUCCCCACCUUCUUCUUCCCCUUCAUCCAUCUCAGAGGCCCAGAAGUAACGGCCUCUUCCCCUCCAGGCGCCUCAUUCCUCCCCUCAUCAGCCGCCAACUUCACAGACUCACAAACAUCGGCGGCUGUUUUUGUUGCAGUGUAGAACUGCUUAUGGUUAUUUUGUAAUUUAACAUCACUUAAAAGGUUUUUCCUCUGCUUUUUUUUUCCUUCUUUUUUGCCCCUCGACAGUAUUUAAAGAUUUUCCUGGGGCAUUUAUGUUUAAUUUAUAGGUUUUACCGAACAAAAUGGCUGCUUCACAAACAGAGUUUUUAAUCUCCACGCCUCCGCUUUCAUUCCCCGACAAGUGAUCGAUGGACUCGCAGACAAGCGGACGUCAAUUCAUGCAGCUACCUGGAGGAGCGACGGAUUCACGGGCGGCGGAAGCCCUUCAUCAGCCUCUCAAGUGUGCUCAGUGCUCAGAUACCAGCCAAUGCAGGAAACUGUGUGAACUUUGAAAAAAAAAAAACUCUUAUUUUCCUCCAGCUGCAGUGAAAGAAGAAUAUGUUCAUGUCUUUGCUGAGGAGAAAGACCUUUACUGUACAAAAGAAACUCUACAGAUGUCAUAGAACCACAUAACAAUAUGCCAAUAGUGAGCGUGAGACGAGUGUGUUGAGUGGCACGCGCUUCGCUUUGGUCCCUGACUCCGCCUUCUCUCCUGCGUCGCAGCUCACCUGGAUGUGUCGGGGAACCCUCUUUUCUGGGGUCAGGACGGCUUGAGCUUCUGGGUUUGUUAGUUUGCUGACGUGAGCGUGUCAGUUCCCAUCCUUCCGAGUCCUGAUGGUCUUUAGUGACGGACGGGUCUUCCUGGUCCAAGGUUUUGUUCCUCUGUAAAAGCAAGCUAAACUUGAUGGUUUCCGAUCGAGUCCAAGGGAGCCCCGUGCUGGUGAACACAUUGCAAUGCUAGUCUUACGGUACGUUGCUGUCAGAAGACUUGUUUGUGAUACGUUCAUUUCCGAACUAUGCAACCUUGACUACAGCGAUGAGGUGCCGGUUUUUAGAGGGAUUUGAAAUGGUGCGUUUGUGUGCUGCUGCUAACUAAUUCGACGCUGUUUAACUCAAGUUUGCGCUUCUUUCUGCAACUCAUUUGCGAACAAUUAUUAUAAGGCCUUAAGUUCAGCAUCGCUUCUGGAACCGUUCCAGAUUCAUGAAAACUAGCUCGACAUAUGAGCGGCUUCUGUGGUUGACAACGCUGCCCUCUUCAGGUUGUGAAUGCAAUUAUUUCCUGGUGAAUAUGUUUGCACAAGUUCUUAAAAAUACUGGGCCACUAUUCCGAACUUACUCGCCGGGAUCUCAAGCCGGCAGCCAUGUUGUUUACCAAAGGAAGGAUGCUGUUUACUCCCCAUAAAUGAAGCGUGAUACCAGUCAUGCGUUGUCACCUAGACAGCCACGUGUUCCGAAAACGUUCCAAUGAUUUUGAUGGAAAAUGAGUCUCCCUGACAGCGGAACGUUUUGUUUGUCUUGUUUACACAACAUCCAUUUUGUUUACAUUGUCAAAAUGAUGUGCCAUCGAUGCUCUCUGGUGCCCUCUGUUGGCUAAGAAAGUUUGAAUUUGUCUUGCGCUUCCGACUGACAGGGAUUUCUAGUCACAGAACGCUGCCUCCGUCAGGUCAAGGAGGGAGCUGCGACGAAGCCAACUAAGAGAUAUUUGUCUGAAUCUGCCUAUGUUUACCCCGAACUCGACGUCUAUACUGUUGACUCGCGAUGCCUUCUGCUGGUUUGGAAGUGAAGUGAGCUUUUCCAAAAAUUCCCGCUUGUUUAUCCAGAAUCUCUUUCAAGCUUCAGAACCCAAACUGUCCCAGCAGAUCCGUCCUGGUGUCGGGGGUUAUUGUUUCAGGAAGAGAAUUUGGGUUGCAGGUGAAAGCCGAGUGUCGGCGGUUUGGCUUUCAUUCUGCCUGGUUGAACAAACAGAUUCGGGAGUGAAGGAGGGAGAGGGGAGCGCUGAGGGGAGCUGUGGCAGGCUGGGUGGGCCGCGGGGAGCAGCUUUUGUUCUGUGCCAUCAGAAUGGGGGCAGCUGCUGUUGUCUGGGGCCUCUGCUGAGACGCUCCUGGAUCCCAGAGAAACUCUCACUUCCGCCUCCCUCCAUCCGUCCAUCUCCAGCAGGCUGCAGUGAAGGAGAGAACUUGAGUCAGUUGCCAGGCAGAAGCGCUUUUUAUUGCCUGGGUGCGUGCGAGUGUGUGUGUGUGUGUGUAAAUAAUAGUUUAAAGGAGAAGUCGGCCUCAGCGAAACUCUGAGCUUUUAUUUAUGCAUCUGCUGAAAAUGCAAAUUGAUAGACAUUCCACUGUGCUCCAUCCCUGUACACACACACACUCACGUCCCUUUACGGUGUCUCAGCAGCUCCACCUCCAUCAUGUAAACUACAUUUACUGAAAGUAUCAAAUAUUUAACAUAUUAACUAAAGAUUUAUAUUCACCUUGUAAAUACAGUAGUCAUUAAUAUAUUAACUGUUCUUAUAUCUUCUAAAGGUUAUGAACGGAGCGGAGUGGAGGCUUUUACGUUUCUUUUCCUUGUGAGCGGCAUGUUUUUUUGGAGGAUGACGGCAAAAUAGGAAACUUUGUUACUCACUUGCCCCGCCCCCUUUUCCCGAACUGAUGCAAUUGUUUUUGUGAACUUCAUCUUAGACGUGUUCUGUGACCCUUUCCGGAGCGUUUGUUUGCAUUUUGGAAGUGAAAGAAAAAAAAAGAAUUGCAUGAUAUCACCCUUAACUUUGUGUCACUGGGCCGCUUGCCGUUUGUAUAAAAAAAAAAAAUUGAAAAAAGUUUUGGAAAGUGGCAAGGCAGCGGCUCAUGCAUGAACAGUGAACAUGUGCAAGUCUGUGGUCCAGAUUUUCAGCCAAUGUGACGGACGCGGUGCCUAGUUUGAGGUGUCUGCGAGUGCGAGUGUGUGCGCGCGCGUGUUUGGGGGGCACCCAUGUCUGACUGCUACGAAAAGGGAAACUUGUAGCUCUGGAUCAUCACUGAAUUAAUCAGUAUUUUUUUUAUUCAUCAAAUCUAUUUAUGUUUUCAGUUGUCUAUGUAAGUCGCAUUUUAUACACAAGGGGCGCUGUGGAGCACAUUGACACCGUGAAAAAAAAAUGAAGGGAAGCUCCUUUGUGCGAGUUUUUUUUUUUUUUUGGCAUUUUGCAGUGUUAUUAUGACUUGUACAGAAUUUUUACAAGUUUGACUAAAAGUGUGAAGCAUUUACGUACAAGCUUCCUGCGAAAAGAGGGUAAAGUAGCUGCAGAUUUUUCCUCCAGUGCGGCAUCACUGGUGACCAGUUUUAGGUACAUCGUCGUCGAAAAAAAAAAUCUGUCCAUGGCUUUGCAAAGACGAACCCUCUCUCUCUCUCUCGCUCUCCUCAACGCGGCGUCCGUGUGUGACCAUUUGACAAUACUUACAGUGUGAUGAGACUUUUGUUCUUGCAUGAAUCGAGACACUGUUCUCCUACCUCAUGUUGUGAUAUAAAAAGAUGUUUUUUAAGCAGAAGACACUGCAUCGCUAACUGUUAACCAUCAGUGAUAUUUACUAGUCGCCCACAUUUAUCUGUAUAAAUGCUUUUAGCCAAUACCUCAGUUGUAUCUAGUGUUUUUGUUUUUGCCCUUCGCCCUGAUUUCAAAUCUUGUAAAUAUGCCAUGUAUAGACGAUGAACUUGGAUCAAAUUCAAGUAAAGUUCUGUAGUGUCAA